GCUGCGCUCAGCUGCCUGCGCUCGCCAAAGCAGCUCAAAGCGACUCGUGCCCAUGGUAACAGAGCCGAAUCUGGACAAGAACGACGGAACGGAGCCCAAGGCAAGGAAGAAGGAGAAGAAGACGAAGAAGGAGCGGCGGGCAGAAAAGGAGUCGGUGUACGCGGGGAAGAAGAAGGAGAAAGCUGCCGCGCUGCCCGCGUCGGCCCGCAGGGCUGCGCAGUCUGCCGUGGUGACAGCGGCCGAGGUCCGGAAGCGGCCUCGCGAGGAGACGCUCUCGGCGAAGGCGCCCAAGUUGCCCGAGCCGCCAGAGCAUUCGCCCGCUGCUGACGCCAGCGAGGCCGCGGCUGCCGACCAGCCCAAGCCGUCGCUGGAGGAGGCGGAGGCGGCGGCGGGCCGGACGAUGCACAAGGACUCGAGAGAGGCCGCCGAGGCUGCCAUCACCCAGGGACGGCGCGUCUACGUCUCCAACCUCCCGUUCAGCACGUCGGACGAGUGGGUGCGGACCAGCUUUUCGGCGGUCGAGUCGAUCCAUUGGAUUGCCGCCAAGGGGAGCGGCUUCCGCGGCUCCGGCUUUCUCACCUUUGCCAGCGCCGAGGCCGCCACCGAGGCGGUGAGCUGGAGCGGCAGCGAGGUGGGAGGCAGACCCAUCACAGUCGAGCUCGCCCUCGGCACGGCGCCGCUCGAGCAGAGCUGCGUGUUCGUGCGCAACCUGCCCGCUGAGCAGUGGAGCCUCGAGGCGGUGAGGAGGAUCUUCGAGGCUUGCGGCCCGCCCGCCGCCAUCCGCCUUCCCAAGAAGGGCAAGGCGGCGAUCCGCUUCAAGACGGCCGCAGCAGCAGCGGCGGCAGCAACGAGGGACGGCGAGGAAAUUGGCGGCCCCAAGGGGGCGCUUAACCCGGUGGUUUUGUUUUCGUUCCAGCCGGUGCGCGCCGCGCUAAAUAGUAAAUUUUAA